CUUUUUCGUUGAAGGAAGGAAGGAAGGAAGGAAGGAAGGAAGGAACGGAGGGAGGGAGGGUUUGGCUUUUCCUUUUCCCUUCAAAAUUUCUCAAGAUUUCAUCUUUUUUAACAAUGUUUGAUCCCCAACAUUUGUUACAAGACGAUUCUGGUUUCGGCGACCAGAAUUCAUGGCUUUCCGGCGACCACAACUCCUCCCCAGCUCGACGUCUCUCUCACUCAUCACUUGCCAACGCAUCUAUUUCAACUUCGUCAACUCCUGCUGCUGCUGCCGCCGCCGCCGCUAAUGGGAAUUUUGAUCGUGAACUCUUCAACAAUCUCGUCUCCAUCGUUCCUCUUGUUCAGUCUCUUAUUGAUCGAAAAGCCAGUAGUUCCUUCACGAAGAGGGGUUCAAUGAUUUACACUAAGACACCUUCUAGAGACUCAUUACACAGGAAAAUUGAACAGAAAGGUAAGAAUAAUGGUCAAUCUAUUCCAACCAAGAAGAAAAAAGAUCAUGGGGACAAAGAAGAGGGUCAUAAUGUUGAUAAUAACGGAGAUGCCAAUGGCUUUUCAAUGUUCUCUUCAAGUUCUUUGGUCUCUGAAAAGGAGAAAGAAGAGCUAAUCACAUUGAGAGAACAAGUGGAAGAUCUUCAAAAGAAAUUACUUGAAAAGGAGGAGCUUUUAAAAUCAGCAGAGAUGUCGAAGGACCAGAUGAACAAUGUUUACUCAAAACUUGAUGCUUUGAGUCUCCAGUCUGCUGAGAAGGAUUCUAUGAUAAAAUCUAUUCAUUCCCAGCUUUCAGAUGCAAAGAUUAAGCUUGCAGAUAAGCAAGCUGCCUUGGAGAAGAUACAAUGGGAGGUAACGACAUCAAAUACAAAAGUAGAAGAACUUCAAGAACAGCUCAAAUCCUCGCAAGGGGAUGUUUCAUCGUUUAUGCUGUUACUUGAAGGCUUGACAAAGAAAGAUUGCAGUGAUCGUCUCAAAGAUUAUAAUCUUUCAUUACAUCUCCCUGAGAGCUGCCCUUCCAUUGACUAUUUACCUUUUAUCGAGCAGGAUGAUUUGGAUGAUGUGGAAAUGAAGAAAAUGGAAGAAGCAAGACAAGCUUAUGUAGCUGCUGUUGCUGCUGCAAAGGCAAAGCAAGAUGAAGAAUCUAUUGCUGCUGCUGCAACUGCAAGAUUACAUCUUCAAUCUUUCGUUUUCAGAACAUAAGUUUCAAACAUUCAUCACUCAGCGUUAACAUUUGCUUCCUUUGGCAUUUCUUUCUGAUUGUUACUACGGCCUGAUACUAUAGUGUUCUAUGUAGGGUUGCCUGAGUUAUUUAUUGUAGUAAUAUAUUCAAGAAAUGCGAAAAUUGGAACAUUUGUUUCAUUUUGUAUGUAUGAUGUAUGUAACUUCUCCAUGUUCGUGUUUAAUGAAAACGCGCCACCGUUGGUUGUGCGCUAGAGAGACAUUUUGUUCCACAAUUAUUGAAUACAUCUCUCAUUUUCCGAUGCA